CGGGCUUUUUUUGCAGGAGGAGGAUCCACCUUAGCAUGUCAGCCCUGAAGAAGGUGUUGCCAGGCAUACUGCAGAAGCAUUGCUGUAUCUUACCAGACAGGAACACAGACCAGCAGUAUUCAUGGUCGCCCUCGCAGUACUUCGAUGAGGACAGCUACUCCCCUCCACCCAGGAACAUGAAGGGUCUCUCUGGUGGCCGCCCUGCCCAGCUGCAGCUCACCUCUCCCACCUCAGCUCACACCUGCGGCCUGGCAGAGUGCGACCAUUCCUUGGAUCACCACUUAUAUCAUGGCGACUCAAGGUCACCCUCCUACCUCCUUAGCCCCACUGAGAGCUGCCCCCUUGAGGGUCACCACCGCUGCUCCCCGCGGAGCUCCAUUCACUCUGAGUGCAUGGUGAUGCCGGUGUCCAUGUCAGCCACUGACCACUCCAUCUCUAGUAGCACUUUCCCCCGCAUGCACUAUGGCAGUGCUUCACGGGACAGCGGUGGAAACACGUCUGGUGGCAGGGACUCCCGAGAUGAUGGUGGCUCCUCCUCACACGGCGGCAGCGGCAAAAUGAAUCGAAUCCCAGCAAACCUCCUGGACCAAUUUGAAAAGCAGAUGCCGCUGCACCGGGAUGGCUUCCACACGUUGCAGUACCAACGCACCUCCACCACAACCACGACCACAGAGCAGCGCAAUGAAAGUCCUGGGCGAAUACGCCACUUAGUUCACUCCGUACAGAAGCUUUUCACAAAGUCACACUCUCUAGAAGGAUCCUCCAAGAUGAAUGGCACCAAAGGUGACUCGCACCGGGAUGGCUCACACCACCACCAUAACCACCACCAAGGCCACCACAAACACAGCAAACGCAGUAAGAGCAAAGACCGAAAAUCUGAUGGUAGUGGCAAGCAACGCUCAGGAGGAUGGUGGAGCUCAGACGACAACCUGGAUAGCGACAGCACAUACAGGACGCCAAGCAUCAUGUCGCGACAUCCCGUGGACUACAUCAGCCACUGCUACCCUGACUCCAUGCAUAGCCACCUGGCAGGAGACCUGUCGCUAAAGGCCUCCAAGAGCAACAACGACGUCAAGUGCUCGGCUUGCGAGAGCAUAAGCAUGGCACCAGAGGGCAAAUUCAUGAAGAGGAGCUCCUGGUCAACGCUAACGGUCAGCCAGGCCAAGGAGGCCUACAGGAAGUCCUCACUCAACCUGGAGAAGCCCAUGACCCCCACUGACCUCAAGCCUAACCUCAGGCCCUGUCACUAUCUACAGGUGCCCCAGGAUGAGUGGGCGGGUUACCCUGGCGGCGGGAAGGAUGACGAGAUCCCCUGUCGUCGAAUGCGGAGCAGCAGCUACGUUAAAGCCAUGGGGGAUGAGGAGAGUGGCGAGUCGGAUUCCAGCCCCAAGACUUCGCCUCAGAAGUUGGUGCGGCCAGACGCCCUGGUCAAGGCCAUUAUCAGACCCAGGGAACUGCUGGAUUCUCAGAGCUCUUACCGUCUGGAUAGAAUCAACAGUGACAUGCGUAACUACAUCACCAAUUUUGCUGCAGACUUAAGUCAGAGCUACCACCUGCAAGCCACCAGGGACAUGCACCCGAGCAUUGCCCUGGAUCCCUCAGCCAACUACAACUCGCCCAAGUUUCGCUCCAGGAACCAGAGCUACAUGCGGGCUGUCAGCACCCUCAGUCAGGCUAGCUGCGUUAGCCAAGUGAGCCAGGUGAGUGAAACAGAAGUGAAUGGCCAGUUUGAGUCGGUGUGCGAGUCGGUGUUCAGUGAGGUAGAAUCCCAGGCCAUGGAGGCCUUGGACCUCCCUGGCUGCUUCCGCACCCGCAGUCACAGCUACCUGCGAGCCAUCCAGGCCGGCUACUCCCAGGACGAUGACUGCAUCCCCCCCAUGGCCUCCACUGUCACCUCCACCAUCAGAUCCACCACAGGGAUCCAGUUCUGCCUCCCCUCCACCUGCAGCAUUGAUCGGACUCCCCAGCAAACCCCAGCCAUCACCUACACACCCAACUACAAGAAGACCCCCCCUCCGGUCCCCCCGCGCACCACCUCCAAACCCCUCAUCUCCAUCACAGCCCAGAGCAGCACCGAGUCCACCCAGGACGCGUACCACGAUGGGAGGCACCCUCACGGUGGGAUGUGGGCCCCUGACGGUCUCAGCCUGGGGCUUAGUCCAGGCCGGGGUCUCUACAACUCCACCGACAGCCUGGACAGCGCUAAAGCUGUGACCAUAGCCAUGGAGGCAGCCGGGGUCAUGGUGGGAAAGAGACACCCGUCCACAGACAGCCACAGCUCUGUGCUCACCUGCGACAAGGCCAUCCUGGUGUCCAAGGCCGAGGAGUACCUGAAGACACCUCGAUCGUCUAUAGGGAUACAGGUGGAAGCAGCCACCGACUCUGAAUCUGAAAGCAAAGGCUGCCCGGAGUACCACUCUGUUGGGAUCCAGGUAGAAGAUGAUAAGAAAGGACAGGGCAGGUUCAAACGCUCCAACAGUGUGACUGCAGCUGUGCAGGCUGACAUGGAGCUGGAGGGCUUCCCCACCAUGGAGGACAAAGGCCUGCAGUUCGGCGGUGGAUUCCAGCGCCACUCGGAGCCCAGCACUCCCACGCAGUACGGGGCGGUGCGAACCGUACGCACCCAGGGACUCUUCAGCUACCGCGAGGACUACCGUACCCCCACUGAACCCCCCAGCCCCAGGGAGACGACCAGCGAGGCCACCUGGCAGCUGGAACCCCCCUCCCAGCGGGAGAGCGCAGUCUCGUCAGUAGAGUCGGGCAGGGCGUCCCCCUCGCUGCGGAGGGACGGGAGCUGGUUCAUGCAACUGCUGCACACGGAGACCAAGAGGAUGGAGGGGUGGUGUAAAGAGAUGGAGGCUGAGGCUGAAGAGAACGACCUGUCAGAGGAAAUCCUAGGGAAGAUCCGAAGUGCAGUGGGAAGCGCUCAGCUGCUCAUGUCUCAGAAAUUCCAGCAGUUCUAUUGGCUGUGUCAGCAAAACUUGGACCCCAGUGCCAUGCCACGGCCCACCUCUCAGGACCUGGCCGGCUUCUGGGACCUGCUGCAGCUCUCCGUCGAUGACGUCACCAUGAAGUUUGACCAGCUGCAGCACAUCAAGAACAACAACUGGAGGCCCGUCGACAGCCCGGAGAAGAAGGUGAGGAGCCUCCCUGGAACGCCACCAGCUCCAGUACCAAAGAAGACAGUUCGACAGAGGAGUUUGGUGACAAGGGAGAAAUCCUUGGACCUCCCAGACAGGCACCGACAGGAGGCCCGUCGACGGCUCAUGGCAGCCAAGCGAGCGGCCUCCUUCCGGCAGAACUCGGCCUCGGAGCGAGCGGACAGCAUCGAGAUCUAUAUUCCCGAGGCUCAGACUAGACUUUGA